UCCUAUUUUGUCACGAGCUGAUCGCCUGAGCUGACGGCUAGGACCGCUGCAACAACAUAUCCAAACUUUCGAUGGCUAGAAGUUAGUGUUAAUAAAACCGGAUAGGAAUAUUCGGAAGGCACCUGAUUUGGCCAAUAGUAUCGCACUAAUUAUAACAAACCUCGUCUUCAUCCGCUGUUCCUGCCUAGGUCCUAUCGCAACAAAGCGUCAUCCUACUACCGUAUUGCCGCAAUGGCGAUCGUGGGUUUGUCGCUAGUUUUGGUUUCUGUAGUAUAUGUCGCAAUCUGGAAACCAUCUUUCGUUCAGACAUUCCUGGCGCUAUGGCGCGGCGAUCCGAGAAUUGAACAACCACCUACAACAGGUCGUCCUUCUCCAGCGGAGACCAAGGGAGAAGAAGGGGAUGACCAAUCAAUCGCAGCAAAGACAACCGGAAGAGAUUCUUUGUCCCCGGCGACAAUGCGAAAAUCAACCGACCGAGAAACAAUGCCGCCGCCUCCUCUCCCGCCUAAACUUGUGACGACGGAGCACAAUAGAAGCGCAGAGUCGCGUGCUAGUUCUUCACCACAAACCACACCCAAAGCGACGCCUUCAACACAUCUAAACGGCGUCAGCAUACCUUCAUUCUCCUUAUCGCCCGAACCUCCUGCCUCGGCCGCGGCAAUUGCUCGCACAACGGACGCCCAAACAACGCCCUCCGCUCUCCCUACUCUAUCCACCCCUUCUCCCCCUCCUCAGCCCGUGAUAUCAGCUCCGGCUCUAACGCCAGCAUCUACAACUCCCACACGAACAUCCAUGGCGCCACCACCCCGGCCUCCCGUCCUCAACACCAUAAACAACAGCAGCACCACGCCUUCUCUCCUAGGUGUACCCUCCCGCGGUCCCAUCCCAAACCGCCAACCCCAACAACAAUACGACCGACAACCCGGUUCCUCAACCCUCGCCCCACCCCCAACGCACUCCAGCAAGCCCACCAAGCCCUCACGCAAAGUAACUCUCGAACCCGGCCGCUCGCCCCUAGACUGGGCACGUCUAGCCAACCACCCCUCCUCCGACCUCCGGGGCCUAGGCGCCGGCGCAUCAUACCUACGCGUAACACCCAGCAUGUUAAAACAUCAAACCGGCCGCAAAGGCAAGGAUGCGUGGACAGCACUCGGUGGGCGAGUUUACAAUAUCACUCCCUACCUCCCUUUUCACCCAGGCGGAGAACCGGAGUUAUUACGUGUCGCGGGUAGGGAUGGGUCGAAGUUGUUCGGGGAGAUACAUCCUUGGGUCAAUUAUGAGACUAUGCUUGCUAGUUGCCUGAUUGGGUUAUUGGUUGAAGAGCAUGAGGCGAGGAGUUCGGGGGAGAUGGAUGAUAUGGAUUGAGUGCGCGAAGGAAUGGUUGAGGGGGGUUGACUUCGAUUAGGUGGAUUACGUCGAAUUCGACGUGGGAGACUUGUAUAACAACUACAAAGCGCGUGGCAAGCAUACAACACAGCGACGGAAAGGAUAUAUAGACAGCAUUGCAUAGCGUCGGUCGGGGUUGUACACCUAUAAACUGAACGGACGGCGGGUAGGCAGCAUCAUCAUGGAAUGGAUAUUCACAACGGAUUGGGUUGGAUCAGGUCAGGCCAGGCAAUUCCAUCGGGUAUUACACAUGGUAGAAUUUACACAGCUCGUAGUAGACAGCCGGGAAGCUUGGCUAGGUAUAUAAACGAGAUACCCCCGUUGAUAGAAACCAAAGCAAAUUGCUAAUGAGCAAAAGGGGUAGAAGUAGUAGUACAGCAUAUCCAUUAUAAAGGCAAGAUAUCCCAUCACCUUUUCCCAAAUUUGAACCGUAGCCCAUCAUCGCUUUCAUCAUCGCUACCAGCCACAAAACCGACACGGGACCGCUUCUUCGAUGGCGGCUCUUUGGUAGGUGGCGGGGCACCACGUUUAGUCGCUCUCGUAGGUUGUGUCUUUUGCGUUUUACUCUGCGUUGUCGUCCGAGUCGAUUGUGUUUGUGACUGAGAUGUCUGUUGCGACG